GGUGGAUGAAUCACAGACACGAGAAGUUUUCACACCGGAUCAGCGCCGCCCUCCGCAACGCGCGCGCAGCCGCGUCGCACCACGCCGCGUCUGUGCCUGAGCGCCUCUCAGGAAAUUCAAACACACAGACGUCCACUCCACGGGCACACGCAUCUUCCACUCCAAGGUCAGCGAGCCCACCAGCAGCUGGACCUCUAAUAAAGCGGACGCUCCGUCACCUUAAAGUGAAUCAUCAGCACAGAGGUGGACCAGCGAUGCCACCCCCAGCCACAAGUCCCACCGCCGUGCCCCCACCAGAUGGCGGGUGGGGGUGGGCUGUGGUGUUUGGAUCGUUCAUCUCCAUUGGCUUCUCCUACGCCUUCCCCAAAGCCAUCACGGUAUUCUUCAAAGAAAUCCAGACGAUUUUUGAUGCCUCCUACAGUCAGAUCGCAUGGAUCUCCUCCAUCAUGCUGGCAGUCAUGUACGCUGCAGGUCCCAUCAGCAGCAUACUGGUCAACACAUAUGGCUGCAGGCCCAUUGUCAUGAUGGGGGGGUGUCUUUGUGCUGUUGGCAUGAUUUCAGCUUCCUUUUGCAACAACGUCAUGCAGCUUUACUUCUGCAUUGGUGUUAUUGGAGGGCUUGGACUGGCCUUCAACCUGCAGCCAGCAUUGACGAUGAUAGGAAAAUAUUUCUUUAAGAAGCGUCCCAUUGCUAACGGACUAGCAAUGGCAGGGAGCCCAGUCUUUCUCAGUACCCUGGCUCCCCUUAACCAGUAUCUUUUUAAUCAGUUUGGCUGGAGGGGCAGCUUCCUCAUCCUGGGGGGGCUGCUCCUUAACUGUUGUGUGGCUGGCUCCCUCAUGAGGCCACUAGGUCCUCCGCCUAACAAAGUCAAAAAGGACGAAGCAAUGGUAGCCAUCACCACUACUACCAAUGAAAAGCGUAGUCUCUGGCAACUAGUCAACAAGUAUCUGGACUUGACUCUCUUCAAGCAUCGCGGCUUCCUCAUCUACCUGUCAGGAAAUGUCAUCAUGUUCCUGGGCUUCUUUGCACCCAUUGUCUUCCUCACUGCCUAUGCAAAAGAUAUGGGCGUAGAUGAAUACUCUGCCGCCUUACUGCUCUCAAUCCUUGCUUUUGUUGACAUGUUUGCCCGGCCCUCCAUGGGUCUUCUGGCUAACUCUCGUUGGGUCCGACCCAGGAUCCAGUACUUCUUCAGCUUUGCCGUCCUGUACAAUGGCGUGUGCCACAUCCUCUGUCCUCUGGUGGAAAGUUACACUGGCUUGGUGGUGUAUUCUGUGUUCUUUGGUUUUGCCUUUGGCAUGGUCAGCUCAGUAUUGUUUGAGACAUUGAUGGACCUGGUUGGAGCUCAGAGGUUCUCCAGCGCUGUAGGACUCACUACCAUUGUGGAGUGCUGCCCAGUCCUCAUCGGCCCACCAUUAGCAGGAAAACUGGUCGAUAUCACCAAAAAUUACAAGUAUAUGUACUUCUGCUGUGGAGGUGUUGUCAUUCUGGGCAGCAUUUGGCUCUUCAUUGGAAACUUCAUUAACUACAGACUCUUGGAUCGUGAGCGCAAGCUUGCAGAAAUGUACAAGCGGACUGAGACGGAGGAUCCUGACCGAGUUCGAGAUGAGAAGGAUGCAGAUGGUACAGCUCAGGCCUCUGAGGAGUUGGUCAACAAAAGUCAGAAUGAUGAGGAGCCCAUGCAGCGGGAAACAAACAUCUAAAACACUACAACCAUCUCACGUUCAACCAAGAUGCAACUGAUCAAUACCCGUAACUGAGCUCCAAGCCAAGAGGUGCCUCACAUGGUUUAGAAAAACAUUCAGUCUCCUCAGUUGAUUUAUGAAAAUAACUGCCAAAGCAGGAGUUACGUUGUAUGAAGCUGUGAGGGAUGGUAUUUGCUUUUUAAAAGCGCAUUAGUUAUGACUAACUGAAAUAUUAACAAAAGUAGGGCUGGGCGAUAUGGCCUAAAAUCAAUAUUACGAUAUAUUGAGGAUUUCACGUUGGUAACGAUAAAUGGAUGAUAACUACAGGUAUGUGCAGUAACAAAAGUUGUCCACUAGAUGGGGCUGUCACAUGUAUUACGUUGAGUCACAUUUUUACGUGACUCAAGGUGAUACAGCUUCUUAAAGGGACAUGAACAUUGCCAACCUACACACAUAUUUUCUUUUUUUUUCAUUAUCAAAUGAAUUGAAAUGGGAAAAAUUAUCUUGAUAAGAGCAAGAAAUUUUGAUAACGAUACAUUUCCGAUUUAUUGCCCAGCCCCAAACAAAAGGCAAGAAAUGUUAUUCUUGAAAAUUUUGAAACAAAUCUUCCCCCACAUGUUAAAGCACUUCAGCUGUUUAAUGUAAGAAAUGUUGCUAUUUUUAAACUAAAUGGACCAAAACAUCAUGGCUGCCCCCGUAGAAAAAGCAGGUUUGUCUGACUGAAACAAAACAAGAACAACUAAAAAGUAGUUUAUUGAUAGAUAGAUAGAGAAAUAAUACGGCAGCUCUUUUUGAAUGUAUUUUUUAAGUGUGCUCGGGUCUCAGAGACCAAAUCCAAGCUACCAAGAAGGAACUUUAGGAGAAAGCAAAAUAAUUAAUUCACUGAUAAUGGUGUUAAUUAUUAUCUGCUGCAGAUUGGCACUAGCUGACUUUAUGUAUCUUGAAAAUAAUCCUAAAACAUCAAUCCUUCUAUAUGAAUGACACAUGCACUGCUGCUGAUUGAACACUAACAAUCGAGAAUCUACAUGUCCAACGAUGAAUCCUGACAACAAAUGACAAUAAAUAAAUAUUACAUAAGUGACUUUUUUAGGAGAGCAAAGAGUUUUUAGGUGGUUAGAGAAACACUGCAGUCAUAUAGAGGUGACUUGUUGAUUUUUAUCAGUUAAUUCUCAAUUUUAGUACAUGCUAUCACUCAACUUGAUUUCACACUACUCAGGAUGUUUAUAAAACACGUGAACAUUACGUUUUAAUGGAUAAUCAGAGAUUGUUUUUAAAAAGAGGCGACUUUUCCCUUCUCAGCGUUGCUGUACGCUUCUCUGUCUGGUUUAACUAUUUCUCCACACUGGAUCCAGAACAUCUUGAUGUAAUGGCAUCUCUCAGAAUUUCACAUGUUAUAGUAGGAUGCACAUAGAUUUAUUUUACGGACCUACAGUGUAAUCUUACCUGCCUGGAUUGUGACUUAGCCUCCACUCUUAUUGGGUACAGAUAGGGCUGCUCAAUUAUGGCGAAAAUGAUAAUCAUGAUCAUUUUGACUGGGAUUGAGAUCUUGAUUAUUUAAUUAAUUAUGCAAUACACAGACUCACACUCACCCGGUCUCACAGCAAUCAGGGCAUGCACAUUCCUGUUUUUUAGCGGCUCGGGAGCCUGCGGGUACAGUUUGUCACUCACUCCGGCUCCUCCAAGAGGAAGCCGACUCUGAGAGCCAUUUUGUUUGCGACCGACACAUCAUCAUUCCCUUUCCUAAUGUCCGGAGUGCAGGCCAAGUGCUUCGCUAACCAGCAGGAAAUAUCGAUGACAGUUAUCCAGAAAGUAGCUAAGCGUUGCCAGAAAUGUUCUAGGUUUUCUAGGUACUUUUAGAAAAAAGUCAAAGAAUGGGAUCUAAAAAGUUGUUGGAAAUAGCAACAAAGUUCCUAAACAUUGGCAACGCUGUUGGAAGGUGCGCUCAGUUUGCAACUCGGAGUAAACCAUGGAGGAGGAGCAAAUAAUCGGCUAGUUUUGUUUUUAUAAUCGUUCAAAACUCAGAAAACAAUUGUGAUUAAAAUGUGAUUAAUUGAGCAGCCCUUGGUACAGAUCAGAGUAGACCCUUCAAAGAUCUCUUCCUUUCAAAAACAAGUUCCAGGCAAAGAGACUUGAAGGAAAUAAUGUGUUGGCGUCUCAUGUUCAUCACAUUGUCUUUAUCCAAUUAUCACUUGGUUCUGUCUUCAUGUUUCAAGAAAACAAAUAAAUGAGAUGUCAUUGUUUAGAACACAACACUGAUGUACACAAGUGGUCACCAAUAUGUAGCACAGUGCAAAAGUUUUAGGCAGGUGUGCAAAAAUGCUGUAAACAAAGAAUGCUUGAGUGGCCCCAAACGUCCAGCCAACGUCAUUAAAAACAAUCUUCAGCACAAAGAACAGCGAGAAGUCCUGGGAGCGAUGAUCUGGCCCCCACAGUACCCCAACAUCAUGGAGUGUGUCUGGGAUUACAUGAAGAGAAUUGAGGAAGCAUCCAUCCACAGAGGAUCUCCCAGACGUUUGCUAGUGUACCAAGAAGAUUUGAUGUGGUUUUGAAGCCAAAGGGCAAUGCUGAAUUGAUUUAGAUUUGUAUUUUGUUCAUUAACUGUGUUGGUUGAGUGAUGACAGUAAAUGACUAACACUUCCAUUUUGAAAGAAUUCUUUGUUUACAGCGUUUUGUACACGGAUGCCUUAAACUUUUGCUCAGUACUGUUCUUUGAUUUUUUCCAGAAAAAGUUAAUGUCAAGGAAAUAAUUGAUACUGUUAUUCAUUUAUAUGUAAUGUGAACAUUCACACCACUGACUGGUGUUACAUAGGUUUCUAAAAAAGGGUCAAAAUUGUUGUUGCAGUGGUGUAUUAGCCGACACCGAACAAAAUACCUGCAGAAGUACAGACAGGGCUUAAGAUGACCCGUAAUUAACCUGUCUGCAUGUCUGAAGCUUCUGUACUCAGGGUGAGAUCGGUGGUUAAUGUAACUACACAUGACUUUUGUGUUCUGUUUGUCUUCCAUAGACAUUCUCAGCAUUGCCCUGAUUAUUAGUUAACCUGGUUUACAGUAUUAUAUAAAUAAUCUGCAUUAGAAAACCUAAAAAGGUGACAAGUGUUGUCAAGUUGAGCCAUAGCAUGGGUUGUAGAAGUUCUACCAAGUAACUUUAUUGCUUUUUCAUAGUUUUUUAAAUCAAGCAAAUUCAUAUCAGACUUUUAAAAUGGGAGGUGCUACAUGAUUUGCACACAGAGCUAACAACAGAAACAACAUUUACACAGAUGUGAUCUUACUCCAGACAAUUAAACUCAAAAGUUAAAACAAUUCAAAAGCGUUUCACUAAAUCGUUGCCUACUCAUCAGUUGGGUUAAUACAAAAAGAGCAGAUGUAAUCACAGCUGGUGUCGCUGGCACUCGUGCUUUUGCUGCCCGCCUGAGCACUGUAAAGCGGUGUAGUAAAAGCUGUGCAAAGUUUUGAUCAAGCCAUAAAACGCUGUCCUUAAAUGUCUUGGCUUUAAUAGUCGUACCCUCUUUUACAGUAUGUUGCACUAAAAGUCAAAUUGCCACACUUCACCCCUAACACUGGUGUAAAAAUGGCUGCAGUUUAGUGAAUUUAAUUAUGGUUGAAUGUAAUUUCCUCUGUGGGCCUUAAUAAGGUAUUAAUGACCAAAACCCAUCUGCAUCAUAGUGGCUGUCUCUGCACACAAAGUCCAGGAGCAAUACACUAUUUCAUGUAUGAAUGCAAGAACACACAGAAAUGUGUUUCCAGUGGCAGUCGGUUCUGUGAUGCAUUGCCUUAAAUGGGAUGCAGUGUAAUGAGUGCGGGAGAGUAGUCCAGUUGGAGCUGUAUGACGCUGAGAAGGUUUGUUUUAAAUGUGAACCACAUUGUGUUAUCCUAAUAUGGCUGCAUAGGAAUGUUAAAGCUUUAAAUAGUUGUGUGUAGCCUCAGUGAACUCAUUUACUAACAUCCAUGUCUACAAAGAUGAAUGCUAAUCAGUCUAUAUGUACUGUACACUGUGCACUCAGUAAUAAUGGAAGGCUGUAUUGUAUAACCAUCCUUUGAUAUGUAUAUUAGUAUUGUUCAAUAUUCUAUUCAUUCCAUCCUUUAGGUGUCUGAAAGUGUCGCCUUGCUUUGCGGUUUAUGAGUUUAUUUAUUUUUCUGUGGACUCUAAACGUAAACAGUGUCACAUCUCAGAAGCAAAAGGUAAACAACAUUUAAUUACAAAUAAAUAGUCAAACCUGAACCAUCAAAACACAAUGUAACAUGGAUGCUGGAGAUUUGGGUUAAGGUUAGGGCGAAUCAGGAAGAUGGAGAUCUAACAGCAGCUGCAGCUAACCUCAGACUGGAAACUUCUAGGUGGUCACGCCAACAUAAACCAGUUUCUGGACCCAUACAAAAGCUUUUAUUUUUGUAACAACUACAAAUGAAAAAUAAUUCAUAAACCCUAAAAAGACAAAUGCUUUACAUAAUGAACAGACUUACAUCACAGGCUUGAACAGAAUCCUGUUACUUGCAGAACAAACUGCAACGAUAGUCUGGGGUGCAGCCUGGGCCACCCCCAGCUGGGAAACCCUUCAGAUUAAUCAGAUAACAUGAAUUUGUGAUGACACGAUUUGUAAAUGUAAUUCUCACAUGAACGUUUGUGAUGUUUCUGGGACAGGACUUGAUUUAGGACUGCAGAGAUGCACUUUCACUCAAAUGAGCAUAAUUUAAUUUCACUGUAUCUAGAUUUUAUGGCUGCCCUCUGAAAUCUGUCUUUUGCUGUGGAAAGCAUUUCCUUUACUAUUAUUAUUAAAUAAUUUAUCUAGAAUGUCAUUUUUCCUGCAAGCCAGUUUUGAAUGUAGCCUUGAUCCAUGUGAUUUGCAACAGAAGCUCCUCCUCCAUUCGGUGGAGUUUAGACAUUUAUUUAUCCUUUCAUUUAUGCCGUUGGAACAAACUGCUUCAAACAAAGAACCUUGGAAAAAGUAAGCUCCCUUUUUCAGAGAAACAUCCUGCUGCAGGUCAGCGGCUUUUCGAGUCAGCAGGGCCAAAGAGUCGACUUUGUCCCCGUAGCUCUGGGUCCAUCAGGAAUGAAUCAAAACUCAGCUACCCUAAAACGACUCCGAUUUUGUAAUUAUUGUUUUAGUAACUCAAAUUUGCAAUUGUUGCCUCCUCAGCAAGUUAGGUUCCCCGCUGCUGUCAGUUCCUAGUGAGAAAUGCAGAAGUGUGAAAAGGGUUUAUUAUAUUGUAAUAGUGCCGGUGACAUCAUAAUGUGGUCAUUUGUCUCAGAUAAUCAGUGUUUUGACUUCAGAUCCAGCACUGGACUGUUUUCUCAUAGUUCUGGCUGCAGGCUGGUUUUAACAUAUAAAACUAUAUUUAGCCCAUCAGAAAAUCCUUUACUUCUAGUCUAAAUGGGAUCUGAGUCCAAACUCCAGGUCAGGGGUAUUCAAUUCUGGUCCUGGAGGGCCAGUACAAUAUGUUUUCGUUUUGAUUCUGUUUCAACCCACCUGCUUUCAAUCAGCAGGUGAUUAACAGGCUUCUGCAGAGCCUGAUGAGCUGCUGUACAGGUGAUUACACCUGAAUCAAGUUGGAGCAGAGAAGCCACUAAAACAUGCUGGAUACCGGCCCUCCAGGCUUGGAAUUGAAUACCCUUUCUUUAGGUUGAUAAUCCCAUUUCACCAACCAGAAAGUAGUUUGAAUUUGAGGCUAUCUUGCUUUUCUGAGAGGCCAUUUUAAAGUUUUAGAGCUUGUCUGAUUCAGAAGGUUCUGCGUUUUCUUCACCUCUCGAUUGAAUGCUGUUUGACUAGAGCUGAACAAACUUGAAGAUGAGAUGGCGAAGAGGUUAACUAUUGACUGACUAGUUUUCAAAUUACAUAUUUUAUUGAAAAUAGUGAAAAGCAGGGGUAAGGAGUUUGCCCUGCAAUCGGUGGGUUGUGGGUUUGAAGCUAGGCUUCGUCUCUGUCAGUUGUUGUGCCCUUGGGUAAGACACUUCGCCUUCCUUGGCUGCUGCGGUGGCUGGAGGGACCGUUAACACCUGUGUAUGGCAGCCUCACCUCUAAUAUUGUGUCCCAGGGCAGGUGUGGCUACAUGGUAGCUCAUCACCACCAUGGUGUGAAUGGUUGGAUGGUAAAGCCCUGUCUUAGAAAAGCGAUAAACAAAUGUGCAAUAUAUAACAUAAUAUAAUUGUAGAAUAUGUUGUGUUUUUGUCUGAUUGCUACAAAGACUUUUUUUUCAGUGUUGAAGAGCAAAAGCAUAAUUUAGCACUAGAGGUCGACCGAUGUUGGUUUUUCUAUUACAGAUACUGUGCCGAUAUGUACUGCCGAUUUUCAUGGCCAGUAUCCAGACAUUUUCCACUUAUUUUCAUGCUUAUUUGUCACUAAUAACAUCCGUUGAUGGACAAAAAUUCAGAAACUGAAUUUGUUUUUGAACUCUGUUAAAUCUUAACUGUGUGUUAACGUCAGACAGUGGCAGACUGGCCAUUCUGGAGAAUCCCAGAACGGUGUGUGUGUUCUAGGGCCAGUGUCGGUGUUGAUUACUUUGUGUUUAUACAAAGAUGUGUGCAUCUGCAGAAGGCUUCUUCCCUUGUUUAUGGCUGUUUAUUUAAUGUGUCUAUAAGUUGUAAACCUAAAUGAUAGUCAUUUUGCAAUUGGGAGGGCCACAAAAACCCUGCAGAAAUCUGCCUUUAUCCAAGUUUCACUAAUCAGAAACUAAGUUCAAAGGAUGCUGCUAUGAGUCUACAUUAAUCCAGUCCAGGUUUGAAGUACGUGUUGUAGUUUUAUGAUAGGAAUAGAUUAAAGGUGCUCUUUCUACGGGGGGUAUUUGCACAUAUUUAUUUCCACAUAUGCAGGAAAGAUACGACCCCCCCCCCCCCACACACACACACACACACACGCACACACACACCUUACAUGCUUAGACGGCUGGACUCAUGGAAAUAUUCCAGGGCUACAUUUUCAUCCCAGUCUGCCCCUGAUGUCAGACACCUAAAUAAGGUUAAUUUAGAGUAUUUAUUUUGAAGAUGUUAUUAGUGAACAUAAACAUACAUUUAACUUAAAUUCAGCAACAGCACCAGGCUGCCCGAAAAUGUGCCUGAUUUUAAAUCGGCUUUACAAAGGACAGAUAUCGGCCGGCCAAUACAUCGGUCUACCCCUAGUUGCACCCCCAUCAGAAUAAUUGGGGUUAAGAUGCUUCACUUGGUAAAAUGUGCCAUUGUCUUUACUAAAUAAUCAAAGUAUAGCUUGAAUCAUCUCUACGGGCAAUGGCUUUGCUGUUUCACUUAUUUCGCACCUUGCUGUUGUCCAUUCCAAUUUUCUGGAAUAAGGGUCAUUAGUUAUUUGAUGCUCUACAUUCUGAGCGUGCAGACACGUGUUCUAACAACAGGACGGUGCUCGUAAAUGCACUUUAAUGGCUUUUAAUACAGAAGAAACCAGAGGAGUAUGUUCGCGGUUUUAAUGCAGACGAAGGAGCAUUAGGAACACAGUGGUAGGGCAUGAUGUACAAACCUGCUGCAUGAUUUAUUGUAACAGAUCAACACGUGUUAAAACAUGUCACCUACUUCAUUAACCCUGAGUCACAGUUGAAUUUUGACAUCAGUGAUUCACUCAAUUGUAUUAGAAGCCAACCAAGAUUGUAUUUUAUUUAUUCUGUGCUGUUGGGACUUCCGCUGAUUCUCCUGCUCGUGCCAGGAUAAACUAUGACAGACUGCUUUUAUUCACUUCCACUCCCGUCAUGAUUAUCACAGAGUGAAACUGCCUGCUGUGCAUCCACCAAAUAACACUGCCCCCUGCUGGUUGUAAACACCCAAACUGGAGAAUAAAAUGAAUAUUUUAGUGA